AUGACAGACACAAAGCAAUACAUCUACCUCCCCGAAACAGCCCCCCAUCUCGCCACAAUCCUCAGCUUCCCAUCCCGCUGCUCCACAUUCCCAGCCCUCCACAACGCAACAUGCAACGAGAUAAUCGAGCUAGCCGCAACAAUCGCCCACUUCGAGCCCGUCCGCCUACACGUCCGACCUGAAGAUGUGCAAAAAGCCCAAUCCCUGCUGAACCAUCGCAUGGCCUCCGCGCCCUCCACCGAAAGGGACCGCAUCACCCUCAUCCCGGCCCCAACAAACCACAUCUGGGUCCGCGAUACCGGCCCCAUGUACGUGCGGGACGCGACGGAUCCAUCCAUGCGCGCGGCAAUUGACUUCCGCUUCUGUGAGUGGGGGAAUAGCAUCGGCGAGUUGAUCUACAACAACAGUCCCGAUAAGAAGGGUGCUCUGCCCGACGGUUCAGACUGGCCGGUCCUUGAUGCUGAGCGUCGGGCGGAGAAUACGGCGUUCGCGGAGCGCGUGUUGGAGUUGGAGGGGGCAGGUGUGCCGCGGGUUGUGUCAAGGGUGAGGUUGGAAGGUGGUGGGAUUGAGAUGGACGGGGAAGGGACGUUUAUGGCGAUGGAGAGUAGUGUGACUGUUCCGUCGAGGAAUGAGGGGGUCUCGAAGGAGGAGAUUGAGAGUGAGCUGCGGCGGUUGUGUGGGGUGAAGAAGUUCAUUUGGAUUCCUGGGAGGGAAGGGUUGGAUAUCACGGAUUAUCAUAUUGAUGCCGAGGCGAGGUUUAUUCGGCCCGGUGUGGUGGUUGUCGGCAAGCCGCAUGUUAAGUGUCGGAAGGUGUUUUGGGAUGUUUAUCAUGAGAUGCGAGAGAUUCUGGAUGUGGCGACUGAUGCACAGGGUCGCAAGCUUGAGGUUAUUGAUAUCGAGGAGCCGGACCCGGAACUCGUUCAGGGCGAUGUUCCCGGUGAAGAGAAGGAUGUGGCUGCAUCGUAUGUGAAUUUCUACUUUACGAAUGGCGGGCUGGUGAUUCCUGCUUUUGGAGAUGCCGAGAUGGAUCAGAGGGCGCUGGAGACGCUGCAAAACUUGGUUCCUGAGAGGGAGGUUCGGCAGGUUGCGGUGAACGCGUUGCCUAGAACGGGGGGUGUAUUGCACUGUACUACACAGCAGGUACUGUGA